AUGCAAUCGCAAUUAAGGACCGUGCAAAAACUGAGGUUCGAUGUGGAGCUUCGAAUCGUCGCUUGUGUCCACAAUGCUAAACAUGCCAAUAACAUGAUCCAUGUCAUUGAAGCCACAAAUGCUACUAGACUUUCACCUAUACAUGUAUCAGUAGCUCACUUAGUUCAACUCACUAGACAUGGCACAGCUAUUCUUGUUUCACAGAUGGAUAAUUCAAACAGCACGAUUGGUGGCGCAGAAGCAACCAACUAUGGAUCACAAUUAGAGUUUGAGAGCAUAACUAAUGCAUUUGAAAAACUCGUAGAACAAUACAAUGCGAUUAGGUUUGACAUAUCAAGUGUUGUCUCGUCCUACACAACUAUCCAUGAGGACAUUUACAAUGUUGCCGAAGAGAAACGCGCCAGCCUAAUUCUCCUUCCCUUUCACAAAGACUACUCAACAAUAGAAGAUGCUCCAGAAAUAAUCCACAAUGAACAUUGUGAGAUAAACAAAAAUGUUCUACAAAAAGCACCUUGUUCGGUAGGGAUCUUUGUGGAUCGCGGUUUAGGAUCGUUGUUAGAAAUAAAAUUACGCAUUAUAAUGAUUUUCAUCGGUGGACCUGACGACCGUGAAGCCUUGUCUAUUGCAUGGAGAAUGGCGGGGCAUCCAGGAACACAAUUACAUGUUGUGAGGAUCAAUCUGUUAGGUAAGGCUGCAGAAGAAACAAAACUAAAAAUGGAAAAAAGCAAGUCUCGUCAUGGAAUGUUGUUGACGGUUAUAGACAAUGUGAUGCAAAAAGAGUUGGAUGAAGAGUGUAUAAUUUCCUUUAGGCGUAAAGCAGUGAACAAUAACGAUUCAAUUCUUUACUCAGAGAAGGAAGUCCAUUCAAAUACGGGCGAAGAGAUUCCAACGCUUCUUAACGAUAUUGAUAAACCUGGAUAUGAUUUGUACAUUGUUGGACAAGGAAGCGGUAAGAACUCGGUGAUUUUUUCGAGGUUGUUGGAAUGGUGCGACCAUCCUGAACUUGGUGUUAUAGGUGACAUAUUGGCUUCAACUAGCUUUGGUACGCAAUCUUCUGUGCUUAUUGUGCAACAAUAUUUGGUUGGAAGAAAACGCGUUAUGAGAAAAUGUCAUGAAGUGAAAAGUGGUACUGAAAAUUUGUAA